AUGUUCGCCAAAAGGCUCGCGCGCGAGGCGCGCGCGCGCGGGGUCUCGAGGCUGACGUCGGCGCGAGCGCCGUCGUCGUCGUCGACGUCGUCGUGUUCAACAUCAUCAUCGUCUCGAGGCGCGAUCCCGUCGACGACGGCGUCGCCGGCCUCGUCCUCCGGCCGGGCGUCCUCGUCGCACCACCCCCUAGCAGCCAGCCGCCUCUUCCACGCGGCGCCCUCGCGCCCGUCGCGAUCGCCCGCGCCCAUCGCGGGCGCCGGCGCGCUCGCCGCCGCGCGCCUCGGGCUCGCCGGCGCCGCCUCCCUCGCAGCCUCCUCCGCGAAGCUGCGCGCUGCGAACCGCGUCAUCGGCGCGACGACGACGCCGUCGUUCCGCGCGUGGGUCAAGCGCGCCGUCCUCGGCCGCGACGCGAGAGGGUUCGCCGCGCGCGUCGCGGGCGUCGGCGUCGGUGUCGCCGCGGGCGCGCGCGCUGUCACCGAGCCGGUGCCGUUUAGCGGCAGGAAGCGCGUUUUGUUCUUCGACGCCGCGCGGGAAGAAGAGCUCACGCGCGCGAUCCUCGCGGCCACGUUCGCGAGCGACGCGUCGUAUCUCCGCGCGGACGACCGGAGGGUCGUCCGCGCGGCCGCGGUGCUGUGGAAGCUCGUGAACAGGCUCGACCCGGGGACGGUGUUUGGCGGCGACGGCGCGGCGGCGGCGGCGGCGGCGGCGGCGGCGGAGCGUCAUCCGAUGUUCAAGCCCGGCGCGCGGUGGUCCCUGCACGUCGUGAACUCCCCCGAGGUCAACGCGUGGUGCGCGCCCGGCGGGCACGUGUUCGUGAACGUCGGGCUCCUCGACGCGUGCGACGACAGCAUGCUCGCGUUCGUGUUGGCGCACGAGAUGGCGCACGCGCUCUGCCGGCAUCACGCGGAGAAGUGGACGACGGGCGUGAUAACGAGUGCGUCGCAGACGCUGCUGUGGCUCGGCGCCGCGACGCUCGGCGCGGACUUUUUGGGCGGCGUCGUCGUCGCCGCGGCGCUCGAGGGCGCGGAGGCGAUGAGCGAGCUGGCGUUCACGCUGCCGUACAGCAGAGUCAUGGAGUCAGAGGCGGACGCGUUGGGGUCGGAGAUCGCCGCCAGGGCGUGCUUCGACCCCAGAGGGGGCGCGCGCGUGAUGCGGUUGUUCGAGGCUGAGGAGGAAGCCGCGCGCGGAGGCGGGGCGGCGACGCAAACGCGCGGGCGCGGGGCGUUCCCUCCGCGCGCCGGCGGAGCGAACGCGAAAGGGAAAGGGAAAGGAGGCGGCGGCGGCGGCGGCGGCGGCGGCGGCGGCGGCGGCGGCGGCGGCGGCGGCGGCGACUUCGAGAGGUACCUCCGGACGCACCCGCACCCGAGCGAGCGCGCGGCCGCGCUGGACGAGCGCAUGCCGCGGACGUUAGAGACGCUGCGGGAGAGCGAGUGCGGUAGGUACGCGCUCGAGCUGUACCGCGGCUUGGGCGCGCGGUCGUUGAUUCCGAACGCGUCGAGCGCGAACUGCGGGAAGAUUUUUUUGCCCACCGAUCGGUGGCGUCGCGAGUUCGCGCGAGACGAGGACGCGCGGACGCUCAAACGCGACGGGAUCCUCCGGACCGUGGAGAAGAUGAAGCGCAAGGGCGAGUUAGUGGACGCGGACGUCCCCGCGACCGGGGCGUUCGGAAGGCACGACACGGAACGGUUGAGGCGUUUGCUGUCGAGCCCUCAGAAGGUUGGCGGCGCGCGGCGAGAGGGAACGCGCGGGGUCGCGGAGGAGGGGAGGGACGACGUCGCGUCGCGGUCCGUGGGCGGCGCGUGGAGAGGGUCGGCGCGUCGUUCGAUGGAGAUAGAGAUCGCGAGGGCGAACGCGAAGGCGGAAGAGCGCGAGGGGAAGGGAAACGGUCGACGGAAGAGCGUUACGAAGCUGGCGGCGAAGAAGGACGCCGACGGGGUGUUUUUCCACGAGUUGUGCGCGCGCGGCGGCUGGUUCGCCGGGUCCUCCGAUCGCGGCUCCCGAGGCGCGGUGAAAGCCGCGUCGAAAGCGUCCUCGAGCGCGAUCAAAGACGCGGAGAGCGCGCGCGCGCAGGGCUAG